CUUUCCAGAGAAUGAAAUUAAAGCAGUAAAUAAAUCCAGUAUUGAAGAACUUAAGAAAGUUAUAUGUGAAGUUCUUGAUGACAACAGAGGUAGAAUAAAACGUGAUCAGUUUUGGAAUAAGGUGGCUGAGAAGCAAGGACAUCAUGUGAAUCCCUCAGCCUAUGGUUUCAGUAACUUGUAUGAAUUUCUGAAGCAUUUCUCUGAUGUUGUGGUAGAGGUGAGUGACAAGAAUGAGUUAUAUAUACAGAAGAAAACUUUGAGUGAUUUCAAUGAACCAUCUAUUGACAGAAACUCAUCUUACUUAGGUGAGAACAUAUAUCACUUUCCCUCACUUAAUGAAACAAUAAGAAGUAACCCAUCAAAGCCAUCUCUAGCAGAAGUUAGACACAGAUUUUGUGACAUUCUUAUGAACUCUCCUCAGGGCAUGCCACUACAGAAAAUGGUGGAUAACUAUAACAGAAUAUAUCAAAAGACAACAUUUAACUUGUUAGAUUAUAAUGUCAGUAAUUUUGAAGAACUUUUUAAGUUGCCUGAGUUUCGGUGUUUUAGUGUUUUAGUACAGAACAAUAUGAUAAUGAUUUAUUUGAAAGAACACAAUACUCCCAGCCAUAACAUAUAUUAUCCCACCAUAGUUAAUCAAAUGCCAGUUCUUAAAUGGGGUGAUCCAGCAUUUUCCACCAUGCAACAACAGCCACAUGUUACUGAUAGUUUCCACCUCACACCUUUCUCGAAACUCCCCCCACCGAAAAUGAAUGAAAAAGAAAUUUUAGUACCACCUUUAAGUAUUGCCCCUGGAGAGACUCUAUCUAAAGAACGUCUUGACAAAAUAGCCAAAGAAUGUAUUGAAAUACUUUCUGACAAUAAUGAAUGUGUGUCUAUUCAAACCAUUGAAAAUCUUUUCCUUCAACGCCUUAGAAGAAAAAACUUACGAGAACUCGGUAUUCGUAGUUUAGAUCAUUUGCCGUCAGUUCAUGAUCAUAAUCGUUUGGCCUGUAAAGUUAAUGCUUAUAUUCAAGCCUUUGUGACAGUUCGGUCUGUCUGUACACUGAAAGAACUGGAAGACUGUAUUGCACUUUAUGUUAAUGAAGGCAGUUCUUUUCAAAGCCUCAAACUUGGACCUUUACAUAAGAUGCAAAUUGUUUUUGAUUUAUUUAAAUUUCCUCCUGGUGAAGAAAGUUUCCCAGAACUCUCUACAAUGGAUGUUUUAGAUAAUAUAAGAAAUUUUCUUAAUGAGAAUAAUUGGUAUAAAAAACAUGAAAUGCAUGAAGUUAUGUCUUUUUUGACGAAGGCUUUUCACUGUAGAGAUCCAUUUCACCUUGGAAUUCGCUUGCGGAGCCUUCCACUUGCUAUUGGGGUAAGGAUAUAUUUGUUUAUUUAA